AUGUCUAAGGCUUCGAUUCCGCCUUCCGCCCCGGACCCCGUCCGUCGGGCGCUGCCCUACAAGGACUUUCUCCAACCAGCUCUGCAUCGACGGUUUACCUCCACCGCGGCCGUGCUGCUGGCCACUUCUUACGUCCUCUCGCUGUCGGUGUCUAGCUGGUCAUCAUGGCUUUGGGCUUGGAUCCCCUUCAGCAGUGCCGGCUUUCGUGCCUACACCAUCUUCUUUUGCGGCCUCAUCGUCAUCAUCCUGCGGAUCGCCCAGUAUCAUAUCGGGAUUCGCACGUCGACGUCGCCUUUUGAAACCUUUCUCUACAACGCCCCCAAGCCCAAGACGGCCGAGACGCUCUUCUCCUACUGCCUGUCAGGCUGGUUCUACGGCCAAAUCUUCCGCUGGUCGGCGCCCGAGAGCGCCCAGCUCAGCUGGAUCCUGCACAUCUCGGGCGACCGCACCCGGCUGAACGAACGGCCACUGUUCCUGGUCGUCCACCUGGUCGUCGUCGGCACCCUGCACGCCGUCCUGCACCUCUUCUACGACAGCGACCGGCUGCUCCUGGGAACGGCCAGGCCAACAUCAGGCAGCAGCAACAGCAGCUCCUCUACAACCAACACUCCCAGCCACGGACGGACCAGCCAACUAUACCGCCAACUGGUACUGCGGCUGCCACUGUUGGCGAUCUCAGCCUUUACGCGGGCGCUGGCAUCGCUCUUCAUCAGCGUGCCCGUCUACAUGCUCUUCCUCCGGGCUCCGGCCUGGCGGCUUACCCUCUCGCUCUUCCGGCCGUUUUACAGCCUGCCCAAGUCGUCGCUGCCGCCCAUGGCGACGCCGUUCGGGUCGACGCUCGACUUUGUGCCGCGCUGCAUGUUCGCCGGCUUUCUCUUUUCCGUCCUGCUGCUCGUCAGCAACACGGCCUUUUCGCUCUUCCUGGUCAACGAGCCGCUCAAGGACGGCCGGCCGCUGACGUCCGAGUCCCGCGACCCCAACGGCAGCCUGCUGAAUGGGCUGCGCAGCAAGAAGCCCAACGUCAAGGCCUUUGCCCUGUGGGAGCUGGCUUUCAUCGCCCGCGACUUUGCCGACUGCCGCAUGGCCAUCUACACGGACAUUGACCGCAAGAACGGGCCGGCCUGGUCGCAGAUCUGCAAGGUCUGUCUGGACGUGGUGGCGAGCCUGGAGGCACGCGUAGACCCGCGGCAGCAGGCGACCAAGGAGGCGGGAAGCGAACCGAGACAAGCACAACAGCAGCCGACAGCUGACGAGGACGCAGCCGCUCUGCAGCGGCUGGCGAGGCCGAUACACAAGGACACCGGGAUCCUGGUGACGACGCCGACCAAGAAGAACAAGUUCCAGAGCGAGGUCGAGAAGAUGGUGGUCAAGGUGGCCAUCGACCCGGAGUCGCCGCCCCGAUUGAGUCCGCUGGCGCAAAAGGCCCUCGGCGGUGCCCGGCGCCGGCUCGAGUCGGUGCAGCGCGACAUGAGCAGGCCCGGGAACGGUGGCAGCGCCGUACAGCAGCUGGCACGCCGCGUCCUGACACUUCCGGUCGUCGGCUGGCCGUUCCGGCUGACUUUUCGGAACCGCAUCACGGCGGCCGUGCUCGGCGGUCCCUACGGCGAGCCCAGCAUCUAUGUCAACGCCAUCAGCGCGCUCAGCCUGCUGGCCGUGCACAGCUUGCAGGAAGACAAGUUUGGCAACGUGCAGCGCGACGUUGCCACCGUCGUCCGCGCCCUCACCAGCGCCACCACCCGGCUCGACGCCUUCCGCGCCACCUUCCCGGUGCACUGGACCGACGUGCUCGCCGAACGGUCCUGCCCCGAGGUCGACGACAUCCGCGCUGCCCUCAAGGACGGACUCACUGACUUGCUGGCCAGCUUCGGCCAGUACAGCCGCGACCUGCGACUCAGCAAAACAGACAUUCGCCUGGCCGAAGAGGCAGCUUCGGCAGGGCGGCCACGCAAGGCAGAGGAAACAGACAAGGCAGAGAAGUCGGACAAGACUGAUAAGAAGGUGCAGGUUCGCUAA